UCUGAUAGAUUAUUACCUUAUAAAUCAUUUGGUGAUGUUAUUUUUUAUAUAAAAUAAUGUUUUGAACAUGAAAAUAUGUCAAGAAGGGGGUAGGGGUAUUUGUUUUUUAUUAAAAGUUGACCAAAAUACGCUAAUUUGUUGAGUUAAUGGUUUCGUUUUACACAAUACUAUAGUAUCGUGUUUGGUAUCGCCGGAUUGCUCUUUAUUUGCUCUAUAAGGAUUUUCCGGUGUCACUCAGUUCUAAAAAUAAGCAUUGACCUAAAAAAGGCCUUCUAUCACGCAUCCCAAGCAUGCACAACUAUGUACUACUUCUCUCUGAUUGGACAAACUGUUGUUAGAAGCUAAACCACGUCUUUUUAUUGGCCGGCGUCGGCCAUACUGCUGAGCGUCUAUGUUACCUCGACCCAGAAAACACUGCGCGUACGUCCACAGUGAUAGCGUCUCUCUGAGUGUUUACGUUUUUCACAGAUCAUUUUUAACAUUAAUACAGAUUUAUUCGACAUCAAAGUGUCAUGGCUCCAUCUAAAGUUUCAUCUAAAAACAGAGCGGCUAGGUCAAAGCUGAGGAGAAAGCGUCAGUCAGCCAAAGCGACAGAGGCCAGACAGAGAAGAAGAGAAGAAUCCAUGACUACGACCGUUGCUCAAAGUCCAAGUCACAGUGAUUCCCCUCUUCUUACACAGGAAAGUACUGUCUUGCCUUCUGUCUCCCCUUCUAUCUCAGCUUCUAAACGCAAACUUUCUUUUUUUGAUGAAAGUGAGCAGUCUCUAAAUUCUGAUUUGCCAUCCACAUAUGUCUGCCUGGAGACAUUACAAUCAUUAUUUACCAACCUGCAGUGCGCUAUUUGCCAGACACAGUGUCUGCAGCUGCAGCAGGACACAUCAAAAAACUGUGGCCUUGCAGUUUAUCUGCAAGUAUAUUGCAGAACUUGUGAGGAGAUUAGGUCAGAGACCAUUACAUCUCCUAAGAGUGAAAAAGUGCACUCUGUAAACAGACAGGCAGUUGCUGCCUCUCUGGCGACUGGAAUGGGGUAUGGUGGGCUUAUGAAGUUUUCAGAGCUGAUGAACACUCCGGUUCUCCAUCCAAAAACUUACAAUCAGCACACGCGAGUAAUACAUAAAAUGGCACUGAGUUACUCUGACAAACUGAUGUCAGACAGUGCAAACAUUAUUCGUGCUGCAUACCCCGAACAGUCUGGCAAAGAUUACUUUGAUAUUGAUGUUUCGUAUGAUGGAACAUGGCAGACUAGAGGCCACAAGUCAAAGUAUGGUGUGGGCUGUGUGAUAGAAAACAGAACUGGCCUUGUUGUUGAUUAUGAGGUAGUCAGCAAAUACUGCCACACCUGCAGCACAACAGGUGCUAGACUCAGGGCAGAGAACCAAGCAAAAUUUGAUGCUUGGUAUUUAUCACACAAGGCCUCAUGUGAUAUCAAUCACUAUGGCUCCAGUGGGAGCAUGGAGCAACAUGCCGCUGUGAAGAUGUGGGCUCGGUCAGUGGAGAAGCAUCAAUUCAGAUAUCGCAGUGUUGUAUCUGAUGGUGAUACUAACACUAUAAAAGCGCUCCAUGACUUGAGCCCAUAUAAGGACCUCACAGUAGAGAAAAGGGAGUGUCUCAAUCAUGUGGCCAAGCGACUAGGAACUGCUCUGAGGAAUGUUGUGGAGACUAAAAGGAAGCAAAAGAUAACACUUGGUGGUAAUGGCAAGGGUAAGCUAACCCAGAGCAAGAUUGCCAAGCUGCAAAAGUAUUACACCAAGGCGUUGCGUUCCUGCUCCUCUAUUCCUGAGAUGCGAAAAGCUAUUUGGGCCACACUCCUGCACUGCACUUCUACUGAUGAGGAGCCUAAGCACCAGGACUGUCCUCAGGGAGUAUCUUCCUGGUGCUUUUUUCAGCGUGCUGUUGCCAAGGGUCUUCCCACUGACAAGCAUGACCUGAUGCUUUCUUCGUACAUUUGUCCUAUGGUCGAGGAAAAUAUAAGACCUGUUUACGAGAAAAUGUCGCAAGAGGACCUCUUAAGCAGAUGCUUGGAUGGAAAAACACAAAAUACCAAUGAAUCCAUCCAUUCAGUCAUAUGGAGUCGUUGCCCAAAGCAUCUGUUUGUUGGUAGGCAGAGGCUAGAAAUAGCGGUGUGCCUAGGGGUGGGGGAAUUCAAUAUGGGGUCAAAGGCCUCCCACAACUUUUUAAAACAUAUAAACCUGCAAGUUGGCAACAAAACCAAAGAAAUAGGAGCUAAGAGGGACAUUGUUAGGGUGGGCAAGGCUCAGAGGUCCCUUUAUAAUAAUGAAAGUGCUAGGAGGAAAAUUAGGCGCGUCGCAGAGGAGCGGGAGAAUAAAAGAAUAGAGUUUGAGGAGGGGGGGCCACAGUACAUACCAGGAGGGGCUGACAUUUAAUUUUUUAAUAUACUGUUUUGUUACUUUCUUUUUUUCUAAAUGGCAUUUGUUUUUACUAUUAGAAUUAACUUUUAUCUCAGUACUGUGGCAAAAAUAAGUUUCGGUUAAGUUUCGGCUGAUUUUUAAUAGGGGGUAGGGCUUACAUAAAUAUUUGUGAAAAAUUUAAUAUUGUUCCAUUUUAAUUUUCAUGUGACUUCAUGAAGUCACUUAUGAAUAACCUACUUUAUAAAAGUGUCAUUUUUAGUUUUGUUAUCAUUUUGUUCUUUUACCAUUGUAAUCAAUCUUAUUUUGCUGUUUUUCUCAAAAUAAAUUUUUAUUAAGCAUACCUGUUGUUAUGUUUCAUUUUUUUCAAAAUUCGUUUGUUGGAUUGUUUUGAACUUUUGUAUGUGUGUUUACAAAUGGUGUAUAUACAGAAUGAAGUAGCAUUUAUUGGUUAAUAAUACCACUGGACUGAGUUAUGAGUUGUAUAAGUGGACAACAUAACAAAAAGUGUGUCAUAUCGAAUGCGGCCUACAGUACCAUCACAUGGACAGGUACAGAGAAA